AUAUUAAAAAAAUUCCGGAAUCCCAUAGAAAGGCAGUAGAGUGUAUUAGCUCGUAAUUCAUCGGAGUCGGAGACGGUUAAAGCCUACGGCUCCGGUGAAGAGAGUUGGAAUCACGCUAAUUGAAGGCAAACAAUUUCCGCUCCCGACCAAGCCGCGGCGGCGGUGCUUUCUCAGCUAGUAAUGGCAGCGGACGGCAUCGUGAUCGGCCUAGCUCUAGCCUUCAUUGCCGUGCGGAGCGUAAUCAAGUUCAAGGCUACAAACUCCGCUCAAACGGUUGGGCUGCUACACGAAGAAAAAAUCCUGCCACUAGGGAAGGAUAUAACUGCAGUUGGAAUUUGCAGCUCAAUUAGAGGGAUUCCAGAGAUAAAGUCAUGCAAUUCUCUUCCUUAUUUCCUAUCGGAGAGGACCAAGGAUCAAAUGAUUGUAGAGCUUGCAUUUAAGACAAAAGUUUUGCUAUGGAGUUGGGUAGUAUUUGGUUCACUUGCAAUUGGUAUCCUUAGCUAUGCUGCUGUAAGGUACUGGAACAGAUGGAAAGGAAGGAGGCCUCAGAGGCAGACUCAACGACAAAAUGCUGUUGCUCAGUUUGAGGACACUGGGGACGUUGUUGAUCGUCAGUUGUGCGUCAUUUGCCUAACAAGAAGGCGGCGUGCUGCAUUUGUACCAUGUGGACAUGUAGUGUGUUGCCAACACUGUGCCUUUUAUGUUGUACGCGAUUUAUCACCCAAGUGUCCUGUAUGUAGGCAGAGUAUAUAUCCUCGGCAUUUUUCUAUGCAGUAGGUGCAAUAGUAGUAGCUUAGGAGUUCCUGAUAAAAUUUUGAGUAACACGUCCUACACUGCAGAAGUGCAGAGUAGAACAAAUAAAUCCUUCUGAAACUCAAGCAUCCGAUCUUCUUCUUUCUUUCCAA